UGGCAGAAGUAAGCGGGCACUUUGCUGUGAGUCAGUGGUGACGCCCUCUCUGGCUGAAGACUGCGGCGCUCCGAGUGUGCCUCUUCCCAGGAAGCGGUCACGUUCCCCGGUGCGUACCAUGAGGAGGGUGGGCGAGCUCUACUAGCCCGAGGGCAAAUGUUACCGGAGCGCAGUCCAGUGCCACAGAGAUCCCGCCCGCGGCCCCCGCAGCAGCAGGAGGUGAAGGAGGAGGAGUUGUCCUACCCUGAGUGGAUUAGCCGGAGCUACGUGGAGCUCAUGAGUCUGAACGAGCACUCGAUGCAGGCGCUGUCCUGGAGGAAGCUCUACCUGAGCCGGGCCAAGCUCAAAGCCUCCAGCCGGACCUCGGCGCUGCUCUCCGGAUUCGCCAUGGUUGCCAUGGUUGAGGUCCAGCUAGAUGCAAAUCAUGCCUAUCCUGCCGGCCUCCUUAUAGCUUUUAGUACCUGUACUACUGUGUUGGUUGCUGUACACUUAUUUGCUCUCAUGGUCAGCACCUGCAUCCUACCGAACAUAGAAGCUGUGAGCAACGUCCACAAUCUCAACUCUGUGAAGGAAUCUCCUCAUGAAAGGAUGCACCGUCACAUUGAGCUAGCGUGGGCCUUCUCCACUGUCAUUGGAACUCUUCUAUUUCUUGCCGAGGUUGUGCUGCUUUGUUGGGUAAAAUUUCUACCGUUAAACAACAGUCCCAAGUCCUUAGUCAAUGAAACUGAUACCUACAUCAGUCCUGGGAAAGAAGCAGCAAUAGCUUCAACGUGCAUAAUGGUGCCCUUUGGAUUAAUUUUUAUAGUGUUUGCGGUUCACUUCUACAGGUCACUUGUUGGUCACAAAACAGAUCGACAGUUCCAGGAGUUGAAUGAACUUGCUGAACUGGCCCAACUUCAGGACCAAUUGGACCACAGAGGGGACCCUGUCCAAUCCCCCGGUCAUUACCCAUAAAUGUUCUGUUUAUAAAGGGUUUAUUGCUUGUGUCUUAUAAUGUUUUGGAUGUGUGAGAAGGGGGGUGAGUUGGAGCUCAGGAAGGGCUAAUUCUUUACUACUAAGAAUGCACUUUGAGUCAGAUAUCAAAUCUAGAGCUUAAGUUCUUUAUGAACAUCUUCCAGUGUAAAAAGGAAGGGGUAAAUGUCAAUGUAUUCUCAGUUUUCCUAAGAUCUAGCUCUCUCAGGGCAGAAUGUGGAUUUUUGCAGGCGUUUUGCAUAGUCUGCUUUCCACAUCCAGCUGCUUGGAACUCUCCAUUUUAUUUGUUCAUUUUUUUUGGUUCUGAUAAGCUGUGGACCAGUCCCAGACCUUUUAAGCAGUUUGGAAGAAUACACUCUUCACUGCUGCAUUACACAGCAGCAUGGUUGCCUGGAUUUUUCCCAUGUAUAUGACUGCUGAGGAAUACAGCUGUCUUAUGCCCUUUUCUGGGCAAGCAAUGAGUGUCAGUGUCACUGGAAGUCUUCAGUUGCAUGCAGGGAAAUUGGCAGAAAGGUUUUUGUAAUGCAUGUCACAAUAACCGUGUGUGAGCCACUGGAUUGCUUUUAAUAUUUAACAGAGUGUUUAUGUAUAUAUGCAGAGACUCCUUACGGAUGAUCACAAUCAACAAUAUUUUUUACAGCAUUAUUAACACAUUUAUAAUCUUUUGCAUACGUUUACCAUGUUGUCUAAAGUGCCUCCAAUGCAUCAGCAGAAGAUGCAGUAUGUGUCUGACCUGUUAACAUUUUGAGUACCAAAUAUGGACUUUACAUUAGUAUAAUUUCUUCUCUGUUGGCAGACCCAACUGCAGUAAUGUCUUGUAUAAGAGUUAACGGUUAGAACACCCUCUGGCCUGCAAUGACUAUAACUGUAGGUUAAGCCUUUCUUCUUCAAGAAGAAUUUUUUUUUUUUUUUAACAAAGUAAAAUUUAAAUUCUUCAUAUUUCUUAGUUGGAAUACAAUGAUAAAGUGGUUUUGGCUAACAAACAAAAAUUGUAUAAUGACCUGUUGUGGCUUAUAAAAGGGAAACUAAAGCAUAAAUGUGUCCAUAAUCCUCAUUUGGUAUUCUUUAUAACAGUAGUUAACACUUUUGCUUCAUUUCAGUUUCUUCUAGUGAAAGCAGGCCUUUCAUGCUCUGGGGACUAGAUGUCCUACCAGCUUUCAGGGUGCUACCCACAUUUCUUAGGUAGCACUUAUUGUCACAAUAAUAAUGCAGCACACAUUUUGUAAAUGCUUGCACAGUAUUGUAAAAGACAAACUAAAUCCUUUUUUAAACCUAAAUUGAUAUUUUCCAACUAUUACUAAUACAAUUCUCAUUAUAUAGAAGUUCAGCUUUAUCCCUAGUAGGUGCACAUGAUGCAAAAAAUCUACAUACCUGAUAUAUAGUACCUUGCAAAAAUAUUCAUAUUUAAUUUACAGAACAUACCCACAAAUUUGAAGAUUAUUUAUUGUAAAGCAAACAACAAACAGGACAAAAUAACAGAAAAAGUCAAUGUGCAUAACUAUUUCACC